CUAAUAUUUUUCUGCUGUAGUGCAGAGCCAACAAUCUUGGCUCGAAUCAAAGCAAGAAAAGCGGUUCUUGGCGAUUUUUCAUUGGCGAAUCCUGAAGACCCAAAAUCUGGAAAACUUGCAAGUUUGCUAGGCAGGUGCAUUGUGACUUGUAGAUUCGAAGGAAGAGAAGCCAUCUUCAUCAUAAGAAGAAAGAAAUGUCGGCACUGUUCAAUUUCCAUUCGUUUCUGACAGUUGUGCUACUGGGGAUUUGUACAUGCACUUUUGUGAAGAUGCACUUUCCAGCAAUCCUUGAACAGAGAAAUGGAUUUCGUGGUUUCUUUUGGAAAGCAGCCAGAAUUGGUGAACGCUUGAGCCCCUGGGUUGCCGUAGGAUGCUUCACAAUGGGCGUGUCGAUAAUUUUUUUCUGAGAUAGAAAUUUGUUGUCUCUGUAUGUGGAAAUGGUGCAUUCUCUUUCAUGACCUGAUUGAUCACCAGAUUCCAAAGGAUUCUCUGCUGGAAUUAGCUAUAGAAAAGCAUCAGUGUAUGCCAUAUCACCUCGGGCUCUUUCUUUUGUUUUGUCGACAUUAUGCCUUGCCUGAGCAGGAGGGGAUUGGAGAAAGUGACUUCACCUGAAAAUUUCAUCUUCUGAUGCUGUUAGGUAUAUGAUAGCUCAUGUAUGUUAGCCAAACGUAUUCUGAGAUUUUCUCUCACUGAACCAUGCUGAUGUGUGGAUUUUCUUUCUUUUCCAGUUUUCUUUUCAUCUAUACAUGAACGAUUGAGAGAGAGUCUGCUAGUAGUGAAUAGAGGAACCCUGUUUUCUGCCUUUUUUGAGAAAUUAGAAAUUCUGUAUUGAUAUA